CUUAGAAAGAAUUAAUUUCUCUCUCAUCAACCACAACUCUAUAUAAACCUCUUUUCCACUUCCAUUUCUCCACACUCUCAAAACUCCAUUAAUCAACAUCCUCACAUUCUUCUUCUCUGCGUUUGUAUCUACAAGAAAUGGCUACUGCUCAGGUUGUAUCCGCAACAACAGCAUUUCAUGAUGAGAAAAGAGAAGAUCAACUAAUUAAGAAACCUGAAGACGACAUCAAGAACACAAAUGAUCAAGAAACAACAGUAACUACACCACAAGAAGAAGACCAGCUUGCUAAAGAACCUGCUUACACGGUUGCACCUCAACCUAAACCAGAAUCUGAACUUGUAGCUCCUGAACCAGAACCAGAAGCCGAAUCUGAAGCCCUUGCAGUUGAGGCUGAAACCAAGUUAGUGCUCAACGAUGAAGAUAAAGAAGAAGGUAAGGAGGUUAGCUCUGUGGAACAACCUGCAAAGGUGGCACCAGAGCCACAACCAGAGGCCGAAGAAACCAAAGAACCAGAAGCUAAACCAGAUGAAACCAAGAAAGAAACAGAAACCGAGCCAAAUGAGGUGGAAAAAGUCGAUACUGAACCAGAAGAGAAAGUUGAGAAGAAAGAAGAAGCUAUUGCAGCUGAGGAGUAGAAGUGGUGCUUCUGAUCUAUUGGCAUGUACUGUUUCUGAUUUUGGUUAAUUAGGUUUUUCAAACUCCCAUAUGGGAUCGAGUCAGUGUGUAAUCAAUGCCAGCCUUGGCCGCGUGGCAAGCAUGUGUUGGGUAAUAUCUAGGGUUUUAUGAAAGGGAACAUGCGGGCUAGGGUUUGCAGGUAAUAAAAGAUUUGGUUCAUAGGUGGGGUUUGUUUAAUUAUGAAGAAUAAAGUGUGCAUGUUGAUGUAA